AUGUUUAAUAAACCAGACCAUUAUCCACCACAACAUAUCAACCGGUCUCACCAGGAUCCAAAUUUACAUCAUCAACCGUUCAAUUAUCCACAUCAAUACAAUGGGUUGCCACCAAUAGGAAUGAUGAUACAACUGAAUGCUCAUUACCAACCUCAAGCUCAACCGCAAGUACCGCAACCUGCAGCUAUAUCUCAUGGUCAACUUCCUCUUCAUCUCCAACAACAGCAGCCACCAUUAGCACAGCAACAACAUUAUAUUCACCAACAACCAGUCUUCCACCAAGCUAACCAUGUGGUAACACAUGAACACAAACCAAAUACCAGCCCUAACCAUAAACGAGGCCCAUGGUCCCGCGAGGAGGAUGAAAAAUUACUCGAUUUAAUCAAAGUUCAUGGUGCUUCAAAUUGGGUUAAGAUAUCCAGCAGCCUUGAAACUCGUACUGCCAAACAAUGUCGUGAAAGGUAUCAUCAGAAUUUGAAGCCAUCAUUAAAUAGAUCUCCUAUUACUGCAGAAGAGGGUGCCAAGAUCGAGAGAUUGGUUGCAAUUCAUGGUAAGAAAUGGGCUGAGAUUUCUCGUCAUUUGGAAGGACGUUCUGAUAAUGCCAUUAAGAACUGGUGGAAUGGCGGUGCUAAUAGGAGAAGAAGAGCAAGUUUGGCCACCACAACUCUGAUUCUCAAUGAAAGUAAUUCAAACGUCGGAGACCUUCAGAGACAAUCCCCAACCUCAGAAACUUCCACUAUCAAUUCUGACGCUGAACUGACAAAUAAAGAAGAUUCUACUCAUAAUAAGUCGGUAUUACCUCAGCCACAACCACAGCAGUCGACUGCUAAUUAUCCACCAGCAAGUGCCCCUGCUCAACCAUCAUCAAUUUCUUCUCUGUAUCAACCCCAGCCAUUUCAACAUGCACAACCACAGAGAUUGCCUAGUUUCCAUCAACUACCCCAAAUUGCAUUUAAAACAUCCAUGUUUGGUAAGGACAAUGAGAAAAACACUCUUCCAAGUUUAUCUAAAUCAUUGCAUCCAGACUCCUUUUCAUCAUCAACCCCACCACCAUUAGAAAACAAUCAAGUUGCUGCUGGCAGUUCACCAUUAAAAUCAACCAGUCAUAGAUCGGCAAGUUUUGACAUGAAUUCCAAUGUAUUGCCACCCAUUUCUCAAUCUAAUAAGAGAAGAUUGAUUGACGAUCAAUUUGGUCGUAGACAUUCUAGUGUUUCUUCAACACUUUUCCAUAAUCAAAAAAAUGUAUCUCAUCCUAAUUUACUUCUCGUCCAUUCUGCCCGUACUUCUGUUAGUGGACCUAGUGGAAGUACUUAUGGACCUGGGUCCCCAUCAUACAAUGGAUCACCAUUACUGAUGAGCACAGCCGCAUCAAGAAACAAUUCAAUCACUCAUUUUGAACUUAUCAACAAUUCAACGGUGCUUUCAAGAAGAUCAAGUACGUUUAAUUCUGAUUUUUUCCCUAAUCCAUUAGCCAAGGAAAACAACAAUGGCAUUGACAAUAGUGCCAAUAACCAUAAACGACACGAGUCACAAAAUUCAUCUUUUAAUUCUCCAAUGUUGACACCACUGACAAGGUUUUCGGUGUCUUCCAUCACGUCAGCACAUAAUUCAACUAUACACAAUUACAAUUCUUCUUCUGUGACAUCCCCUAGCACAUCGUUUAAAAAUGCAUAUUCGGGUAGUAGCACAUCAAUAAAUUUACCAGUUGAAGAGGAGUCAGAAAUUGGUGUUGAUAAACAUAAAACCAAUGAACCCAACAGAGAUGAAAUUACAGUUGAACAAAACGGUGACGAGAAUAUUGGUAAAAAAAGAAUGGCGGUUUCUUCAUUACUUGAUUAA